AUGGCCACUCCCACGGAGUCUUCGUUUCAAAGGCAAGGAACUGUCCUGGACCCCAUCACAGGCCUUCCGCUGGGGUGGCGUCGGCGCGAGUUCUUCGAGAACGAGCUCGGGGAGACUGCUGACAGCAUCAACGAGCUUAUGAAGCUCGUGUGCGACAGGACUGGCGAAGACCUGGAGCAGAUGACACGGCAGAGUAUGGCCAUCCGCAACACAAAGGCUGGGGCCAGCGAAGGCCCUGGCACAAAAGGACCCAGUGAGAAGUCUUCGCCGAAGCGAAGCAGCAGUAGCAGUGGCAAGCUGGAUCCAGAGACGUUUCUGCCGGCCGGAUGGGUGCGAGUGGAGAAGAAGUACAAAACCGGAACCAAGGCUGGCAAGACAUACCUCCGCUUCCAGAAGGAAAACGGUGGUUCUUUGAAUUACUGCACCAUCACCCAAGUUCUAAAACAUCAUCUGGAGCAUACCGGCGAAGACUUGAUGCCGCUGUACCAUGAGCUGAAAGAGCAGAAGCAGUCCGAGGACCAGGGUGCAGCAGAAUCGGCGAAGAUGACGCCAGAGCAGAAAAGACUCCAACGUGAGCGAUACAUCUCCAAGUUUCGUGCUGCGCAUGGUGCCCUGACUGGAGUAAAGGUCGCCGCUCUGCCAGGUUGGUCUGGCGAGGCAAAACCUUUGCCAUGCGGUCAAUCGCUCGCCACUUAUUACGACCCGGAAGGCCGUCCCUUUAAGCUUCUGAAAGAUAUCGAGGCACACUUCGGGUGUCUCAUGGAAGAGGGGAAGCAGAUUCCGAACUUCUAG